AUGGCUGCUCGUCCUACUGUGAACGUUCGAGGAGUCGACGGUGCGGCUACGGGCUCGCUGCCUCUUCCGGCGGUGUUCACUGCCCCGAUCCGCCCGGAUGUCGUCGCGGCUAUUCACUCCAACAUUGCCAAGAACAAGCGUCAGCCUUACGCCGUUGCUUCCAACGCCGGUCACCAGACCUCGGCUGAGUCGUGGGGUACUGGUCGCGCUGUCGCCCGUAUCCCCCGUGUUGGCGGUGGUGGUACCCACCGUUCGGGCCAGGCUGCCUUUGGUAACAUGGCUCGCGGCGGUCACAUGUUCGCCCCCACCAAGGUCUGGCGCCGCUGGUUCAUCAAGACUAACCAGGCCCAGCGCCGCUACGCUACUGCCUCGGCUCUUGCUGCCACUGCUCUCCCCUCGCUGGUGCUCGCUCGCGGCCACCGUGUUGAGGAGAUCGAGGAGGUUCCUCUGAUCGUCUCGAGCGAGGUUGAGUCGUACACCAAGACCAAGGAGGCUGUUGCCGUGCUCAAGGCCCUCAACGCCUACAACGACGUUGUCAAGGUCUCGAACUCGCGCAAGAUCCGCGCCGGUGUUGGUAAGCUGCGCAACCGCCGUCACACCCAGCGCCGCGGCCCUCUUGUCAUCUACAACGAGGACAAGGGUCUCGUCAAGGCUUUCCGCAACCUGCCCGGUGUGGAGCUCGUCAGCGUGCACAGCCUCAACCUCCUCCAGCUCGCCCCCGGUGGCCACCUUGGCCGCUUUGUGAUCUGGACCGAGGACGCUUUCAAGCAGCUUGACAGCAUCUUCGGCACCUACGAGUCCGCCUCGGAGGUCAAGUCUGGCUUCCGCCUCCCCGCUGCCAAGAUCUCCAUGCCCGAUGUCACUCGUCUCAUCAACUCGGAUGAGAUCCAGAGCGUCGUUCGCCCGGCUGGCCCGAAGCAGACCAAGCGCCCUUUCACGCAGAAGAAGAACCCUCUGCGCAACCGCGCUGUUCUCUUCCGCCUCAACCCUUACGCCCAGGCUUCGAUCCGCAACGAACUCCGCGAGCAGGCCCAGCGCCAGGCUGGCAAGCUCAAGAAGAACACCAAGACUCCCCGUACCACCACGAGCCCGGAGUUCUUCGAGCAGCUCCUUGCCCCGUAA